CACCCCUCCCUUCAACCAAUCAGGAAACGGCUCCAAGGGAGCGCGCGAGGUUUUCUUCCCCGCGCACCCGUUCUCACCGUUAAACGGCUGCGUCUCGCGACAAUGCCAAAGUGACCUUUCUCCCCCACCUCCGGAGCUCAACGCGCGCUAAGGGCAGUGGGAGGGGCAGGUCUCGCGAGGAGGUUGGUGGGAAAAAAACGCACCUCUUUCCCCGCCUCGCGCGCACCCUGGAAUGGCUGCGCGCGCACCUGCCUCCCUAAGGAGCCGCUAAUGCCACAAGGGCUCUUUCUAUCCUUCUUCCUUAAGCCGCGGAAGUAGCCUCGGCGUUUUUCUGCCCCCACCCCGAUCCCACUUUCCUGUCUGUAGCCUUUCUGUCCCCAGCGCCGCCAGGUCUUGCGGGGAGAAGGGGGAAAUUUUUUUGAGCUGUCGCUUCUCCUUUAAGAAAAAAAGCCCCGUCGGCUGCCGGAUGAAAGUCUCUGAAAAAAUGGCGGCGGUAGGACAGAGGCGGGGUCGUGAGGGCAAGGAGGACCCGCCUUUUGGCGCAUGAGCGUGGUUAACUUGCCCAGGGGCAUCCUGGGAAAUGAAGUUCAACUUAUCCUACGCCUUAGGAAAAUAGAUACGAAGCCAGAGGCGGAGAGGAUGCUGGGAGUGUUUGACUAAUGCGCGAUGGGAAAGAUGCCUUGUUGGAGGAACUGGAAUACUCCACCCUCCAGGAGAGUGAUGAAUACUCCAACACAGCUUCUCCUCCCCUGGAUCAGCAUUCCGGAAAGGAGAGUAACCAUGCUGAGACCUCAAAUGCCCCUUCCAUUCCGGAUGACUCAAGUCCCUUUCCGGUGCAGCUCGUGUAUACUACCAAAAUCCAGGAGCCCCAUGUCCACAGUGAGGUCCAAGAGCCAAAGGAAUCCCCACCACCUCCUAAAACCUCAGCAGCUGUGCAGUUGGAGGAGCUGAUGGCCCACCUGUGUGAAAUGCAGACCCAGGUUACAGUGAAAGCAGAUACCAGCAAGAAACACUUACCAGACAAGCAGGAUCACAAGGCCUCCCUGGACUCAAUGCUGGGGGGUUUGGAGCAGGAACUGCAGGACCUUGGAAUUGCGACAGUGCCCAAGGGCCAUUGUGUUUCCUGCUGGAAACCGAUUGCUGGAAAGGUGAUCCAUGCUCUAGGGCAAGCGUGGCAUCCGGAGCACUUCGUCUGCGCUCACUGCAAAAGAGAGAUCGGCUCCAGUCCCUUCUUUGAGCGGAGUGGCUUGGCCUACUGCCCCAAGGACUACCACCACCUUUUCUCUCCACGCUGUGCUUACUGUGGAGCUCCCAUCCUGGAUAAAGUGCUGACGGCCAUGAACCAAACCUGGCACCCAGAGCACUUCUUCUGUGCUCACUGUGGAGAGGUGUUUGGUGAAGAAGGCUUUCAUGAGAAGGACAAGAAGCCGUAUUGCCGGAAGGAUUUCUUAGCCAUGUUCUCACCCAAGUGUGGCGGCUGCAACCGUCCAGUGUUGGAAAACUACCUUUCAGCCAUGGACACUGUCUGGCACCCAGAGUGCUUUGUCUGUGGGGACUGCUUUAGCAGUUUUUCUACUGGCUCCUUCUUUGAACUGGAUGGACGUCCCUUCUGUGAACUCCACUACCAUCACCGCCGAGGAACCCUUUGCCACGGAUGUGGGCAGCCCAUCACUGGUCGCUGCAUCAGUGCCAUGGGCUACAAGUUCCAUCCUGAGCACUUUGUAUGUGCUUUCUGCCUGACGCAGCUGUCGAAGGGAAUCUUCAGAGAGCAGAAUGACAAGACCUACUGUCAACCCUGCUUCAAUAAGCUCUUCCCACUGUAAUCUCAGCUAAACCCACACCCUCUUCUGAUUUGCUAUAAAAUUUAAACCAAGAGAGGAGAGAGUACAUUUGUAGUUACUGACCUUCUGCUCAAUAGACUUACAGAGAAAGC